AUGGCCGAGCCAUAUGCGACGAAGGACGCGCCGAAUGACUUGUACGACGCAGCGUUCGACGCAGAGAGCAGCGCUGCGACGCCCAAUUCGCACGACGCCGAGGACGCGGCCAUGAUUGCGUCCGUCAUGCAAGAAAUCGCAGCCGACGACGCGUCCGACGACGGCAGUAGCCCCAACCCGCUCCAGUACGACGACGAGUUUGAAGACGACGACGACGCGGCGCUGGACGCCGACGCCAACUACUUGGCCGAACACACAGAAUAA